AUGGAUGCCAUGCCGUUCGUCAAAAUCUUUCUGAAUUUGAAGCUUUUAAAGGUUGUUCUUGUGGUCUUAUUGUUCACAUCCCUGCUGGUCCCCACCUUGGUUAUUCGAAAUCUUUCCUUUGCCCAUAAGAGCAGCAAAGACUGUCUACGCUUGGGCAAGAGAGCACAAUUCGUCAUCAAUCCUCCAAUCUCAAAUUCCCCUAACGCAAGAACUUGCUUGAGCAGGGAAUUCCAGCAAAAUUUAUGGAAGGAAGUACAUACCAUUCCAGCUCCACUAUCCAAAGCAUUGAGAGAGUAUGAGAAGAUGCACGAGAGAUGUUAUCUGGGACGAAACUUAACGCAAGCUAUUUUGCAUCCAGAUCCCCGCGAUCACUGCAGAUAUCUCGUUCAUGCGGAAGCUGAUGGCCUUGGGAACCGUCUCCUAACGUUAGCCACGGCGUUCAUGUACUCGCUGCUCACAAACCGGGUUUUCCUUGUCGAUAGAAGAGGCCAUCUGUCUAAGCUUCUCUGUGAGCCAUUUAAUCACUCGUGGCUUUUACCAGAGGAUUUCCCGUAUCAUCUUAUUGAUAAAGCGCCAAAGCUGGGAACCAUAAACAACUCAGAGCUUGGUAAUAUUGUCCGCCUUUUCCUGGUGAACGCGGAGACAGGAGACCAGCGAUUCUUUUGUCCUGAAACAAGAUCCGAUCUUGAGGAUGUACCAUGGAUAAUAUGGGCCAGCAACUUGUACUACGUACCUCGGCUUUUUACGUUUCCCGAGUUCUGGAUGCGACUCACCAUCUGGUUCCCAGACGUCUCCUUAACUUUCACACAACUAAGUAAAUAUUUGUUGUUACCCCAGAACCAUGUUUGGCACAAGAUUACUCGUCUACGUUCGUCAUACUUAUCUACACCUGGAAAGCAGCUUGGUAUGCAGGUGCGGUUGCAUCACAGAGGCGAUCCAGCAGUUUUUCAUCGUCCUUCACUCGAACGAAUCUUGCAAUGCCUUACCGAGAACAAACUAUUGUCAUCAGUUGUCAAUGCAGACUUCGCCAAGAAUAAUUCCAUUAGAUAUGAAGAGCCAAAGAAACCGAUCAAAGUAAUGGUUACUUCCUUGCAAGUCAAGUACUAUGAAGAGUUGAAAAACAAUUUUAUGAACUAUCCUACUGCAGAUGGAAGGCUAAUAGAGGUGCACACCUUCUCUAGUGACGGAGUUCAAACCGACAGCUUAGAACAAGCUGUCAAUGCCAUGGUAGAAAUUUGGCUUCUAAGUACGAGUGACGUGUUCGUUAGCAGUAGCUGCUCCACAUUCGGAUACGUGGCUCAAGCGCUGGCUGGAUUGCGUCCUUACAUUCUUAACAUUCAAGGCGAUGACCUUGAAAACUGCGAGCUAACAGCAUGCUCUGUUGGACAAUCAUCCGAUCCCUGCAAUCACUAUCCUUUUUUCAGAGACUGUGAGGACUUGGAAAAGACGAAAGCUCAUUUUGAAUGGGAAAAGAUACACAUCAAAGGCUGUCAAGACGAAUGGGAAGGCAUUCAGCUGGCAUGA